AGCAUGUAUAUCAUUGUCGUAAAAUCUUCACAAAAUUAUUUUUUUCUCGGAAAAUAGGGAAAAUAAAUAGGAAAAAAAGAGGAAGCGAUGUGUGGUCUUCUUGGAUCCACCCACUGCUGUUUCUCGUGUACGUAUUCAGGACACAUCCCAGUUCUCCGUUCUGGGGUGAACUUCAGCCUUCUUCUUUCAGCGAGGGCAAGAGCUCCUUACUUUAGGAUUCAUUUCCAAGUAUUUGGCAGCUAUUUUUGAAGUUUGAUUUGAUAUCCACUUCCUCCUCAGUCCCAAUUUAUUGCCCGGUUGAUGAUUUUCUUGGUGGGUUCUUUGUGAGAUGGGAAGUUGAGCAGUUUUCUGGGUUGGGUUUUUUAUUUGCGAGAAGUUUUUGGUGUUAAGGAUGAUGUCAAUGACGUGCCGUAAUCUUGAGUUUGGACGGACUGGGUUAGAUUUGGUUUCUUGUGGGUGUUCUUCCAAUGCUUCGUUUAACCGGUUUUCAGUGAAAAGCUGCACAAAAGGUGUUUGUAAGAAUGCCAAAAAAGGCCAUGGAGCUCGGAAACUGGUCUGUUCUCGUCGUGGUUUUGCUCGGCGUCAUGUUUUCUCGCCAACAACUCAUGAGACUUUGCUGAAUGGGGUUGCACCUGGUCCUCCGUCAGUCUUGGAUGUGAAGAAAACUUCACUGGCAAAUUUGUUUCAAGUGGUUACUGAUGACCUCCAAACAUUGAACAAAAAUCUACAGUCAAUUGUUGGUGCAGAAAACCCAGUGUUGAUGUCUGCCGCUGAACAGAUCUUUGGCGCUGGUGGAAAGAGGAUGAGGCCAGCUUUAGUGUUCCUUGUGUCUAGAGCAACUGCAGAAGUAGUAGGCUUGAAGGAACUUACCGCUGAACAUAGGCGCUUGGCAGAGAUUAUUGAGAUGAUCCAUACUGCGAGCUUAAUACAUGAUGAUGUAUUAGAUGAAAGCGACAUGAGAAGAGGAAAGGAAACUGUUCACCAACUCUUUGGUACAAGGGUGGCAGUGCUUGCAGGUGACUUCAUGUUUGCUCAGUCAUCAUGGUACCUAGCUAAUCUCGAAAACCUUGAAGUUAUAAAGCUCAUCAGCCAGGUUAUCAAAGAUUUUGCUAGUGGUGAAAUAAAGCAGGCAUCGAGUUUGUUUGACUGUGACGUGGAACUUGAUGAGUAUUUGAUCAAGAGCUACUACAAAACAGCCUCCUUGAUUGCGGCUAGCACCAAAGGAGCUGCCAUAUUUAGCGGGGUUGACAGUGGUGUCAAGGAGCAAAUGUAUCAAUAUGGCAAGAAUCUUGGUCUAUCCUUCCAAGUUGUCGAUGACAUAUUGGAUUUCACACAAUCUGCUGAGCAGCUGGGAAAGCCGGCAGGAAGUGACCUGGCCAAAGGAAACCUGACCGCGCCAGUAAUUUUCGCGCUGGAAAAGGAACCAAAACUGAGAGACCUCAUUGAAUCCGAGUUCUGUGAGACUGGUGCCCUGGAGGAUGCCCUCGAAUUAGUCAAGAGUUGCGGGGGCAUUGAUAGAGCCCGAGAACUAGCAAAAGAGAAAGCUGAGCUUGCGAUCCAGAACCUUCAAUGCCUUCCCCAGAGUGCAUUUCGAUUAGCACUCGAGGGAAUGGUGAAUUAUAAUCUGGAGCGGAUCGAAUAGAUAUGGAAACACCUACUGACUAGAGAAGGUAGCAUCUGAAAUGAACACCCAUUCUUCAGAAGAAUUCCUUCCAAGUUUGCAGGGUGGAGGACUUGGAAGGGUGGCUGGUUGCACAUCCAUGGAAGUUACCAUGUUUUCAAGUUCUGUUGUAUUACAUUCAGUUACAACCUCAUGAGUUGGCUCAGAGGAAAUUAAAGAAACAUUCAAUUGUUGUUGUAAACUACAGAUGUAUGAGGUAACAAAUAAUAUCAGCCAAUCCUAUUCUUUUGGUUCAUUGAUCAAUAAAUUUCAUUUGCUUCAA